UUUCGGUAUACACCAUCCAUGCUAAAGGAGCCAGCCCUGAAACUAGGGAAACAGAUCCAUACCUUAUACCUAGAUAACACCAAUUGCAACCCAGCCCGGGUUCUUCCCUCCCGACAAGAAGCUGCCCGCCAGAUUAUCGAGCUCAUUCGAAAGCAUCCACAGCAUAACAUAAAGAUUGGACUCUAUAGCCUGGGAAAAGAGUCGCUGCUAGAGCAGCUGGCCCUGGAGUUUCAGACCUGGGUGGUAUUGAGUCCUCGGCGCCUGGAGUUGGUGCAGCUUCUGGGCCUGGCAGACGUGUUCACGGUGGAGGAGAAGGCCGGCCGCAUCCAUGCUGUGGACCACAUGGAGGUCUGCCGUUCUGCCAUGCUACAUUGGAACCAGACCCACCCUACCAUUGCCAUCCUUCCCACAAGCCGGAAAACCCACAGCUCCCACCCCGACAUCCACAUCAUCCCUUACUCAGACCACUCCUCCUACUCAGAGCUCCGGGCCUUUGUGGCAGCACUGAAGCCUUGCCAGGUGGUGCCCAUUGUUGGUCGGCAGCCCUGCAGGGACUACUUUCAGGACAGCCUGAGCCCCAGGCUCUCUGUGCCCCUGGUCCCGCACUCUGUGCAGCAGUAUAUGAAUUCCUCCUCAAGAAAACCAAGCUUGCUCUGCCUGUUGUUAGAAAGGAGACUAAAGAGGCCGAGAACCCAGGGUGUCGUGUUUGACUCCUUUCCGGAAACUGCUGAUCAAUCUCAAGGUGACAUGGACUCGCAGGAGACCAAGAAUGACAACCUUUCUGGGCACCUCGAGAAGCAGGCUUCCCACCGUCCUUUGCAGAUCAAAAAACCGUUGCUUCCGGACCUCUGCAGCAAAGAGUGGGAUGGGGCAGUCCCUUUCUCAGAGUCCCAGAAGAUGGUGACUGUACUGACUGCCCCCUUGAAUGUGUCAGUGCACUUACGGUCUACAGAUGAGGAAUUUAUGUCUCUAGAAACUGGGGAGGAAAUUGGUGUGUGGCCCCACUCGGUCCCCAGGGGAAACCAUGAUGGCUUAGCAGCCACAGGGAACCAGAGCACUUGGACGGGCCAGGAUUGUCCCCUGACUCACAGCAGCGAGGCAGCCCCUCUCCUGGCUCCUGAGUUCAGGGGCCUGGCACUGAAAUACCUUCUGACUCCAGUGAACUUUUUCCAGGCCCAGUUCUCUUCCAGGGGCUUUGACCAGCAAGUGGAAAAAUACCAUAAACACUUGCUGAGGUACAGGGAGGAGAAUGACACCUUCGUUUGA